ACCAUUCUCCUUUUAAACAACAUGGCCGGCAAAGGUGUUGAUUUAGAAUUGAAAAAAGCUUUUCAAGAACUUCAAGCAAAAGUGCUAGAUACUACUCAGAAGCUGAAAUUAGCUGACAUACAAAUUGAUGUCUUUACAAAAGCCAUCCAACAUGCUCAACUUACCCAAAAAGAACUGAAGUCAUUUCCAGAUGAUGCUAGGAUGUAUAAUGGUAUUGGCAGAAUGUUUUUAUUAACGAGCCCUGAAGAUAUAAAUAGUAUGCUUUCAAAGAAAAUAAGUACAUCUCAAGAUAAAAUUAAAGAAUUAGAGACAAGUAAAGCUUAUUUGGAGAGAAGCAUGAAAGAAAGUGAGGAAAAUCUUAGAGAACUUGUAGCAAGUAAACAAAGAGACCGUUGACGCAACUUGUUGACUUUGUGUUUUGCUGUUUUUUUUUUCAUUCAAAAGUUAAAACUUCUUUCAUUUUACUAAUGGCACUUGAUCAUUAAUGAAAUGAGAAUUGUUCAAAAUUACAUUUGUUUAUUUAUACCAUUUUGUAUUGCACUUGAAUAACCAUCUUGUAAUAAAUGUUUUAUAAAGUUUA